GCUAUAAAUUGACAGCCGGCUCUAGGGACAGGCAUCAGUCGCAGCCUCUAGCUCAUCCAGCACAGUCGCUUCCAAACGCAACCACCUCAACUCAAGAUGAAAUUCCUUAUCGCCUUCGCCCUGUUCGCCUGCGUGGCCGCCGAUGUGAGCCACCUGAGCAACGAGUACCUGCCCCCCGUCCAGAGCUCCUACUCUGCUCCCGCGGUGAGCUACUCCGCUCCAGCCAUCCAGCAGUCGUACGCGGCCCCCAGCAGCGAGUACCUGCCUCCCGUGCAGAGCUACUCCGCUCCGGCCGUCCAGAGGACCUACUCCGCACCCUCCGUUAGCUACUCGGCUCCCUCGGUCAGCUACUCCGCUCCUGCCGUCCAGUCGUACUCCGCUCCUGCCGUCCAGUCGUACUCCGCUCCUGCCAUCCAGUCGUACUCCGCUCCUGCCGUGAGCUACUCCGCCCCAGCUGUGCAGUCCUACUCCGCUCCUGCCGUCAGCUACUCCGCCCCAGCUGUGCAGUCCUACUCCGCUCCUGCCGUGAGCUACUCCGCCCCAGCUGUCCAGUCCUACUCCGCUCCUGCCGUCAGCUACUCCGCCCCAGCUGUCCAGUCGUACUCCGCUCCUGCCGUCAGCUACUCCGCCCCUGCUGUCCAGUCCUACUCCGCUCCUGCCGUCCAGUCGUACUCCGCUCCUGCCGUCAGCUACUCCUCCUCCUCCGUGGAUGUGGGCACCCAGUACGGCUCCAACGGUGGCUACGUCUACAAGAAGUAGGGAUCUUGAACGAAGAGGCCUGCAACUGAACACGAAAGAGUGUACAUAAAUACAAACUGCCCAAAAUAACCAUAUAUUUUUUUUUGUUUUGUAAUCUUUGUUAACAACGAAAAUAAACCGAAACUUCAAUAAUCC